AUGCAAUUGUGGCCAGUGUUGUUAUGGCCUAAGCCAAAGGCUAGACAACGUAUACAACACUAUAGGAAUAGAAACAUAAAUUUACAAUUUGCUACAAGGACCUUCUCAACCCCAGCUGCAACAGCAACAACAACAUUUCACUAUGCACUUAUAAUCAAUACAUUGCUAUCGAUAGCAACAACGUGGGGGUUAACAACCACCCAGCAGCAACAUCAACAACAAGAAUCAACCGGCAAUUAUGAAGGAGCCAAUGCUGUGGCAGAGGCUGCGGAUGUUAUAUCGGCCCUAACAGGAUUAACAAAUGGUUAUGCCAGUCCAGACUACAUAAAGAAUUACUAUCAUGUAAGUGAGGCGGCGGAAGCUACUGAGCAACAGCCGCAGCAACAACAACAGCAUCAACAAAACAGUGCUGCAGCAGUUAGAUCGGGUCAACAAGGAGAUGCUGUGGGUGCCGCUGGUAUUAAUGGUCGUGGCUUUAUGGGCUUACAGUCAAACAAUUAUGGAAAUUCUAUUGUUGCUCGGGGUGCCACUGCUGGAGGAGUUGUAGGUAGAGGUCUUGUUCAUGAAGAUGCGUUUAGUGUGUAUAAUGGUGGUUUUGUGCCUACAACUUUUACGGCUGCUGGCCAACAUUAUGCAGCAUCUUUAGGAGGCCUACAAAGUGCUACAGAUAAAAAUAAUGUACUGCAUCACUAUGCCACGACUGCGGCAUAUAAAAACAAUUUACAUGCGAAUCAUCAGCCAUAUGGAAAUGGCAAUAGUAAUAGCAACUACAACAGUAAUAACAACAUUAUUGCUGAAGCCAAUAACAACAAACACAACAAUAAUGCACAGAAAACUUUGUUUAGACGAUUAUCAAAUUAUGGCGGCCUAGAUAAUGUUGGUGGUGUUACUGCCGGCGAUACAAGUGUUUCAGACGAUGAUGGCAGUGAGAGUGAAGGUGAGCCUAUUGCAGGCGGCAAUGAUAGCGAUGGUCUUAUGGAAAAUUAUGCAUUGGCUUAUGAAGAUGAAGGACAACAAACUCCAGUACUGCAAAAUUUCUAUAAUCAACAAACUACAUUUUAUGAUGACCAGCAGGAACAAGAGAAAACUUUUGCAAAUUAUUUUCCACCAUCAAUGACUGCAACAGCUACAGUUGGAUAUGAAAUAGAAAACCCGCAAAAAUAUUACACAUUAAAUAAUUAUAGACAAACGACAAAACCACGACAGCAGCACCAAUAUAUACAAUAUCAACAAAAAUUACCAGCAUACGCAUCACAACAACAACAGCAGACCAUUACUACCAUGCCAGCACCAGCUACAUAUUAUCAAACAUUUAUACAACAUAAAAAUGAUAAUCAAGAACAGCAUCACCAUCAUCAACAACAUUACCGCCAUGUAGCUGGAGAUAAUUAUCACACAUGGAAACAAAAUCAAAUAAUGGCUAAUUAUCAGCCAAAACAAUCAACAACAAUAGAAAAACAGCAGCCGCAACAACAACAGCAGAAGCAUACGCAAUCAAACAAUAAUCAAUAUCAACACAGUUUAAUACAGGAACCGGAAACAGCUGAAACCUCCCAAAGUACACGUAUUAAAAAACCCCUAAAACACAAAAGUAAACGCCACGAUGCCCAGGAACAUGCCUAUAAUUAUGAUGCCCUGCUCGAAAAUAAUGAUAUUGAAACCGAAAGAGAUGAUAUAUCUGCCAUACAACUGCAACAAUUACAACAUCUGCAACAUCAGUUGCACCAGCAACAACAACAAUUUGUAGAAUUACAACAUCAACUCAUUGAUCAUGAUCAACAAUUGCAAAUACAAAAGCAAAUAGCACAAUCCCCAGCACCAGCAUUACCACCCAUUACCCAUACCGUGCACCAUAAUCCGCAUAGUUUACAGGCUUUGACCGGCACGCCCAUAAGUCAACAUACCCAGGUUAUUAAAGCUAUACCCAUACCGCAACAUCAACAGAUUCAUGUGCCCUAUAGAGAAAAUGUUACUAUCGAAGUGCCCGAUACUAUGAUAACAGCGAUUAAUAAGCCCGUACCCAUUGAAAUACCCAUGACUAGAACUGUGACUAUACCAAAAAUUCAGGAGGUUAAAAUUCCCAUACAAAAACUAAAGCCCUUCCCAGUGGAACGUCCCAUUCCCUAUAUAGUUGAGAAGCGGGUUCCAUAUCCGGUGGAGAAACAAAUAGCCAAACCGGUUUACUAUCCAGUACCCAUAAAAGUACCCAUUGUGCAUACCGUAGUUCAUAAGGUUCAUCAACCUGGAUACGGUAACUAUCAGCAACAGCAAAAUUAUGGUCAUGGUAAUUAUCAUCAGCCUCAUAAUAAUCAUCAACAGAGCUACCAUUUACCUCAUACCGUUUAUCGCCAUAGUCAUGGUCCUGGUCACGGGCAUGGUCAUUCGUAUUCUCAUUCUCAUCAUUACUAA